AUGAACUUAUUGCCAAGUGGAAUAUGUUUUUAUUUAUCUGUAGCAAUCUGCUGGCUGACGGCCGAGGUCGAUGCGUCCUGGUGGUACAUGGGCACCCUGGGCUCCCAGGUUAUGUGCGACAACAUCCCUGGUCUGGUGAACAAGCAGCGGCAGCUGUGCCGCCAGCACCCCAAAGUGAUGCAGGCCAUUGGGGCUGGGAUGAAGGACUGGAUCUCGGAGUGCCAGCACCAGUUCCGCAACCACCGCUGGAACUGUAACACCACGGCUCGGGACCACAACCUGUUUGGACGGCUGCUGCUACGCAGCAGCCGUGAGGUGGCCUUUGUCUACGCCAUCUCCUCGGCUGGAGUGGUUUACACAUUGGCACGAGCCUGCAGCCAAGGCGACUUAGACUCCUGCUCCUGCGAUCCCACUAAGAAGGGCUCAUCGCGGGACUCCAAGGGCUCCUUCGACUGGGGCGGCUGCAGUGACCACGUAGAGCAUGCCAUGCGCUUCAGCCAAACCUUUGUGGAUGCAAAGGAGAGGAAGGAGAGAGAUGCCCGGGCCCUUAUGAAUCUGCACAACAACAGAGCUGGGAGGAAGGCAGUGAAGCGUUUCAUGACUCUGGAGUGUAAAUGUCACGGUGUUAGCGGGUCGUGCAGCAUCAGGACCUGCUGGUUAGCCAUGGCUGACUUCCGACGCACUGGUGACCACCUACGGAAGAGGUACAACGGCGCCGUGCAGGUCGCUGUAAACCAGUAUGGCACUGGGUUCACUGCCGCACACACUCACUUCAAACGUUCGAGCAAGAACGACCUGGUCUACUUUGAGGACUCACCAGACUACUGCAUACGCGACCACGAGUCAGGGUCGAUGGGGACGGGAGGCCGCAUCUGCAACCGGACAUCCCGCGGCAUGGAUGGCUGCGAGGUGAUGUGCUGCGGCCGAGGCUACGAUACGUCGCGCGUCAGCCGCACCACCAAGUGCGAAUGCAAGUUCCACUGGUGCUGCGCCGUCCACUGCCGCGACUGUCAGCAGCAGGUGGACGUGCACACCUGUAAGGGCCAGACGUGAGCUGGCCACCGCCGCCGAGCUCUACUGACAUUGAAGCAGCAGAUUCACUGGGAAUCCAAACUACUGCUGAGCUACUGAUUUGUCACCUUGUUCUAAGUGACAAUCAGACAGAGCUCAUCUUUAGCAAUAAGCCCUCAUUUCUGUGGCCUUUUAAAGACCAGCUGUCAAUCAAACAGUAGGUAGGUUUUCAACUGCUGUCUUUCUGCUGCUCUUCUCCUGUUUAUUUCCAACCAGAUGACGAGACAGAACUUCCGUUUCCUAAAGGAUGCUGCCUGGAAAGAGCUCUCAGACUCUUCAACUGUUGAUAGAUUAAAUGACUUAACAGUAGCGAGCUGUGUUGCUUUCAAAGUAUAUCUGCUCAUACCUGGUUUCUAAAGGCCGAGAGUUUAAAAAAAAAAAGUUGGUCCAGGCAAACACGUCCUCUUAAAAGCCACUUCAGGUUCCUGCUGACCAUCAAAUGCAGAUAAACAGAGAUGGAAAUGAUCAGCUUUGAUGUGGAGGCUCAGGGUGAGAUGGUGAACUAUGACUAACAGAGGACUGCAGCCAGAGCAACCAGGAAUAGUUAAACCAUCACCAUAAUAAUUUGCUGUUUUCUGUCAUUGGAAGCUGUAAUUCUGAUUUCACUGGUUCUAAGUCUGUCCUGAGCUGCACAUCAGUGGAUAAAAAUCUAAUCUCUCCAACUGAACUCUGACUCAGGACAUCACACACUGCUUCCAUGUUUAAACACAAAGGGCCUCCUGCAAGAACACUUUGAGUCUAAUCCUCUUUUCUUUCAUUGCUCGUACUCUAUUAAUUGAACAAACGCGACAGAAAAUGUUUCAUCCAGAUGAAUGUGAUCCUUAGAGUUCAUUUCUGAUCCAUCAAAUUACCAUGUAAACCCGCCUGUUCCAGUUUCAUUCACAAAAAUGUUCCCAACAAGCAAAAUCUAAAUGUUCACACCACAGAGUGUCCACAGGGUUGUGUUACAUCUGAGCUGCUGACUACAUGUGGUCAGAGCAGCGGUACACUGGGACAGAAACAGAGCUUCAAUAGAGACUGGAGAAGUUUCAGUGACAUCCAGCUGGUAGCAGACCCUGAGGUGGGAACACCUCGGGAUCCCCCAGGAGGAGCCUGGAAAGCAGAGAGGAGUCAGGAGGAAGCAGCUCUGGAUAAACAGCAGAAAACACGAUUUAACAGCUACAAAGCAGAUUUGUAAAGACAGCCACAGCAACAGGAACAACUGAUAACAGCUUCUUGUUUCCUCAGCAGGUGAUUUUACACCUUCAAGUGUAGAGAACCAGAAUAGAAAAAAGUAUCCUGAGAACAUGAGAGAGGUUUUUAAUGGCUGCUACUGACAUGUUGUACCUUAAUAUGCCAAAAAAAAAAAGAUUAGAAUGAUCAGACUGGCAUCUAAAUUGGAACUUUUUGCAUCGCCAAAUUCUCUUAAAUCACUCACAUGUGCCACUUAAGAACUAAUCUGCUUGUAUAAGUGGUUCUUGCAGGAGGUCCAAAAAAAUAAAAAUAAAAUAAAU